AACGACGAUGGUGACGAUGGUAGCAACGAUGGUAAUGAUGGUAACGAUGGUGACGAUGGUGACGAUGGCGACUACGAUGGUAACUAUGGUGACGAUGAUAGUAACGAUGGUGCCGACGAUGGUUCCGACCACCCCCGCCAGGAGCGUGGCACGCGUCUGUGUGAGGUGGUGACGGCCAGCGACGUCGUGCUCUCCCUCAUCGACCGCGUCGCUCUCUCCUCCUUCUUCGGCCUCAAGAACGACGCUAGGCCUGAGGCCUCGGCCCUCAAGAGCGAGAUGGAGCGCCGGAGGGCCGUGCUUGUGGAGGUUCUGUGCCGGAAGGGAUUGGCCAUCGCUGACCGAAUCCUUUCGGCUCGCCCGACCCCAACGGGCCUGGCCUUGACCCCAGCCGCCGCCGCCGCCACAUCCUCCUCCUCGUCUUCAUCAUCAUCAGCAGCAUCAGCAUCAUCAUCAGCAGCAGCAGCAGCAUCAUCAUCAUCAGCAGCAGCAUCAGCGGUGUCGGCAGCAGCGGCGGCGGCGUCGUCGGAAGUGGUGGUGGUGGACAUGGCAGGGGACAUUGAGGUCGUCAUCGAGACGGCGUCUUCGUCUUCGUCCUCCUCCUCCUCCUCCUCGCCAUCGUCGGCGGCGUCGUCGCCGCCGCCCUCGUUAUCGUCGGCUGUGCCGCAGCCGCUGUCGGCAAAGGCUGAUGAUCAUGAUGAUGGUGGUGGUGGUGGUGUUGUUGUGGUGAUAGCUGCAGCUGCUGCUGCUGCUGAUCACGACGCUCAUGAUGAUGACGAGUCUGCUGCUGCUGCUGUUGCUGUUUAUGAUGCUGGUACUGCUGCUGCUGCUGUUUAUGAUGCUGGUACUAUUGCUGCUGUUGCUGCUGCUGCUGAUGACGGUGCUGCUGAUGACGCUGCUGACCGGGCAGCCCUUCAGGAGGUCUACACGGAAAUCCUGAAGUGGGCCGAUCUCACGGACUCCAAGGUGCUGAGUUUUGCCCACAAGCACGCGCUGGUGAGCGGUCUGCCUGGCCUGGCACUGCGCUACGCCACACGCACGCUGGACGACAAACUCACACGCACUCACGCUCACACAUGUGUACAGCUGAUGAGAUGUCUGGGCUGGCAUCACUGCGCGUCUUACCUGGAGAACUCCUUGCCUGUGGUCUUGCCUCACGCGUUCACUCCCUUCUAGACUCACUGCCCACUCACUCACUCACACACUCACUUAGACACUCACACACUCACUCAUUCACUCACACACUCGCAUACACACUCACUCACAUACACACUCACUCACUCACAC